ACACAGUAUAUGUAUAAUGGAGGUGUGUACUAUCUGGCUGUUGGAGGCUCUGUGUAUCUUAUCAACUUUAAUGAUUGUCAACACAUCAGUUAACACCAAUCGUGAGCCAAAUGUCAAAAUCACCACUCAAAGUUCAAACUUCAAUGCUGCAUAUAGUAGUGGCAAGGCAGUAGAUGGCUGUAAAAAACAAAUCUUCGACAAACAAAGCUGUUGUUCACACACACAAACAGGUCAACAGGAGGCAUGGUGGCAAGUAGAUCUAGAGGAACUGAUCGUUAUGGAAUACGUCAAAAUAUACUUCAGAGAUGAAGGGUAUCAGCAAAAACAACAAUUUGGUGGCUAUCAAAUAUACCAGUCGAACACUUCGGAUUGGCGGAACGGUCACCUUUGUCAUAAAGACACAACAUCAACGCCGGCCACGUUAUCAUUGACUCCCCAGAUACAAUGUACAGGUAGCGCCAAGUACCUGACGAUAUACAGCGACAGACGGUCAGGAGGUCUAGCGUGGUACUCUAAUAGCGCUUUUCUGGCGCUUUGUGAGGUAGAAGUGUACGGUUGUCCGCUUGGGAAAUAUGGUGAUGGUAAUUGUUAUUCAGAUUGUGAUGUAGGUUGUGCCAAUAGCCUGUGUGAUCCAGUGACCGGAGGAUGUGCAUCAUGCAGACAUGGAUAUUUUGGUGAUACCUGCAACAUAAGCUGCCCGUCCAAUUGUAAAAGGGAUAUAUGUUAUCAGGCCUUUGGGAUAUGUACAGAAUGUGCACCCGGGUUGUAUGGCAUUGACUGUAAGAAGAAUUGUCCGGCACACUGUCGAGACCCACUAUGUGACAGAAGUAACGGGGAUUGUUCAGUAUGCGAACCUGGAUAUUAUGGUGAUACCUGCACCACAACCUGCCCGUCCAAUUGUAAAGGAACUAUAUGUAAUCAGAGCAGUGGGUUAUGUACAGAAUGUGUAGCAGGACUAUAUGGCACUGAAUGUAACCAGUCUUGUCCUGUCAACUGUCAAGAUACUUUAUGUCACAGAAGUAGCGGAGAAUGCGAAGUGUGUGCAGCCGGUUUUUAUGGCAGCCAAUGUGUAAAGUCGUGUGGCAAAUGUCGAGGGGUGAGUUGUGACAAGAGCACUGGGGACUGUACGACAGGGUGUACAGAUGGAUGGACUGGAAACAAAUGUGACACCAAUGUGAUAACUAUAACGAAUGAAGACGCCGCUGUCGGGAUAGGCAUCGGAUCUGGAUUGGUUUUAUUGGCUCUGGUCAUCUUGGUCAUUUUACUUGUCAGACGUCGGACGAUGACGCGCGGCGACACCACAGGUUCUUCUCAUAUGACAGAUAUAUCAAUGUCGAGAACUGCGAUAGAGCUAAAAGAAAAUCAAGAUAAUACCUACGACGAAAUAGCAACGUGUAACAAGGAACAAAUCAUUGCGCAGAUUCCACACAAUGAGGCAAAUUAUGAACAGCUUGGACGCAGGGAGGUGGAAAUUCCAAAUGUAUACGAGACAACAGAUAUUGACAAGGAAACAUAGGGAAAUGCUUCUUGUAAACUGGAUAGCUUGAUCAUUCAACACAACGUAACCUUACUACUUGAACUAAAUUACGCACAUAUACCUUUUGUUUUGAUAAAUUCGUCUCCUAACUUCACAGAAUAAGUACGUAGGUAAUGAACAUUGACAGUAUUGUAGAUUGUUUAUGUUCAGUUGCAAAUUCUUGUAUGCUUUUUCAUUUUUCACAAAUCGGAUUGUUAGUUUUGUGAACCCAAGCAAGUAUCGUAUAUGCUGUCAGUGUUAAGGUUAAAUAUAUUUUGUAUACUUAGUAUUUCGUCGUUCUGUACAGCAUUUUAUAUAUUUGUAUUCAUCGCAGUUAACCAUUGCAGUGAACUUAAUACAUACUUUGUCAUUAACCGAUCCCGGAAGGUAUUUUGAGAAAUUAUUGUUUGGGAGUAAAAGUAUAAGUAGCUUUGAGCAAGUUUUCGAGCAGUGUUAGAUAAGCACACAGUUGACAGAUGGUUGAUCAGUAAUACUGUUAUAUGAAGCAUGCACAUUGCAUCGAAUAAAAUAUAUAGUUAUCUUGAUGGGAUCAAAAAAAUAGUUUGAUCGAGGGGAGAGGUGCAUGUCUAGGUGUUUUUUUGUACAGUGUUGGACGAUAAUCGAAAUGCUUUUGACUAUGUUAAGAAUGCAUUGAAUCAAUUUUAAAUUGUUGAACAGUUUGAAUAUAUUUGAAUAAGCGUAUUUGCAAUGUAACUCGAAUUUGAGAAUAAUUGAAAGAAAAUAUACAUAUAUUAAAUCCUACAGGUUCAUUCAGAUAUGUUUGUCACUUGCUUUGCACCAUUGUAUGAAGACGUGAUUUUAUCGUUUAAAAUAUAGCAUUUUUAAAUAUAGCAUUAAUUUGCAAGGGAUGCUGUAGCAUAUGAAAACACACAUUGUUGAUAUAUUGAUUCCAUCGAAAUCGUCCUGUAAAAUAAGAAUAGGAUAGCUUAAUUGAUAUGUGUGCUUUGUUUUAAUUGCAAAAAAAUAUCGUACUAUUCAUCUCUCAAAAAAAAAAUUCAUGUAUGCGUUUAGCUUUUAAUGUCAUUUUCGUAGUUUGCGUGGGAAAUAUCCAAACCCUGAAUCUAUACGUACGAAGUUUUCUCAGAUUAUCGAUUGCCCAUGGACCGCAAAGAGACACAUUUUCCAUUUAAUAUUAACUUUUCUCCACUUAUUAUGAUAUAGGUAAGAUGUUAUUUGUCUAACAAAACAUUUUACAAUAAUAAUUGUCAUUCCCUAUACGUUGAAACAUAUAAAUGGUGUUAUGGUAUAUCUUAAUGAUCUGUACCUACACAUUGGUGAAUCAUUUAAAUUAUUUAAAUUAUAUAACUGGAUGGAAAUAUCAAUAACAUAUACGUUAAGGGUUAUCGCACACACUGCCCAAAACUGCAAAUAUGCAUUAGAAACAUUGCUCCAUUAUGCCUUAAUCUCUGAUACAUGUAAUCAAUAAAUACGUUCGGAAAAUAA